UCCUGAACCUCGUUUUUGGAUCGAUCAUCGCUAACUGUUUUAACGUAGUUCAAAGGUUAUUAUAAUUCCCUGCAUAAAAAAAGAGUAAAGAUGGAAGAAAUUGGUAUAGUUGUUUCACCGGAUAAGGAAGAUACCUCUAGUAUUAGUACAGACACCAGGCCAAGUACUAGCAUUAAAGGAAGUGGUCUAGAAGACUUAGAUACGGAUGACCUUUACACACGAUUUAAGAAAUUACAACGUCAGUUAGAGUUCUUAGAAGUCCAGGAGGAGUACAUAAAGGAUGAACAGAAGAAUCUCCGCAAGGAAUUGCUACAUGCACAAGAGGAAGUGAAGAGGAUCCAGAGUGUUCCGUUGGUUAUUGGUCAAUUCCUAGAAGCAGUAGACCAGCAUACAGGCAUUGUGGGCUCUACAACAGGGUCUAACUACUAUGUGCGAAUCUUAAGUACAAUAGAUCGUGAACUAUUGAAGCCUAGUGCGUCCGUUGCAUUACACAAACACAGCAACGCAUUGGUGGACGUCCUGCCUCCAGAAGCUGAUAGCAGUAUAUCAAUGCUUGGUGCAGAUGAAAAGCCUGAUGUAGCCUAUGCAGAUAUUGGUGGUAUGGACAUGCAGAAGCAGGAGAUACGAGAAGCUGUGGAGCUACCCCUAACACACUUUGACCUCUACCAGCAAAUAGGCAUUGACCCGCCACGAGGUGUGCUCAUGUACGGUCCGCCUGGAUGUGGAAAGACUAUGUUAGCUAAAGCAGUUGCCCACCACACGACAGCAUCAUUUAUUCGAGUUGUUGGGUCCGAGUUCGUUCAAAAGUAUCUAGGAGAAGGUCCACGUAUGGUGCGCGAUGUAUUCCGCCUUGCACGUGAGAAUGCUCCAGCUAUUAUCUUCAUUGAUGAAAUCGAUGCCAUAGCUACAAAGAGAUUUGAUGCACAAACUGGAGCUGACAGGGAGGUUCAAAGAAUUUUGCUGGAGUUGCUGAACCAAAUGGAUGGCUUUGACCAAACUGUCAAUGUUAAGGUUAUUAUGGCCACUAACAGAGCAGAUACACUUGACCCCGCAUUACUACGUCCAGGUCGUUUGGAUAGAAAGAUUGAGUUCCCAAUGCCAGACCGCCGUCAGAAGCGCCUCAUCUUCAGCACGAUUUGCGGAAAAAUGAAUCUAUCAGACGAAGUGGACUUGGAAGAUUAUGUUGCAAGACCUGACAAGAUAUCUGGUGCUGAUAUCAAUGCCAUUUGUCAAGAGGCUGGUAUGCGGGCUGUCAGAGAAAACCGUUAUGUUAUAUUGGCUAAAGAUUUUGAGAAAGGCUACAAAAACAACAUUAAGAAAGAUGAAUCUGAACAUGAAUUCUACAAGUAAAUUUAUACAUAUGGCUGAUAAAUUAAUGUCGCCUUUCAAAGCAUUGUCAGUUUGUAUACCAUACUGAUAAUGAUGAAAUAUAAUGGUGAAAAAUAAAUUGCAAAAUUAAGGUUGAUUAUGUGCAAAAUAAUACAGCCUUAUUGAGCAUCUCAAGUAUAAUAGCACCAACUGAUAAGGUUACUACAACAAAAUAGAGCUAAAACUAUGUACCCCGUGUUCCAAAAACAUCUCUAACAUGUUUGUAAAGGUAUCUGUAAAAAAAGUGUUUGAUCAAGGUAUUUUCUGAUCAGAUCAGCAACCUUGUAGCGAUCUAAUCAAGUUUCAGUGAAUAAAAAUAUAAUGAAUAUUA